AUGAGGCCGGAUUACAUGGGCGUUAUGUUUUUAACGAGUGCCGUGGUGUCGUUCAACGCUGGUAUAUGGCAAAUCUUCCGGCGCGCGAAGAAGAAGCAGCUGAUUGAGAGUCACAAGAAUCUCUUGAAGCCCGCCGUGCAGGAACUCCCACCAAAUGACAUGGCUGUUGAGCAGUUUGAGUUCCUUCCUGUUAAGUUGGAUGGGGUACUCGACAACGAGGGCUCCGUGCUGGUGGGCCCCCGUGCUCUCCCGUCAUACAAGGGGACAGUCAGUAACGACGAGAGCAAGGGCGGGUUUCUUGUUGUGACGCCCUUUGAAAUUGCUGGGACGAAGCAGUUCGUCAUGGUGAACCGUGGCUGGGUUCCGAUUGACGCGGGGAAGCAUCGCACACUUCUGAUGCAGUAUAUCGGCGAGGGAUUUGCCACGGCGACUGUGCGUGGGAUCUUCCGCCGUGAGGAGUUUCUUUCGGGGUCGUUCUUCUCGGGGAAAAACGCGUUGAACGAGGGCCCCCUCGCCGCCGAUCUCUCAUGGAUGGCGCUGCGACCGUUGAACAUGGCGUUAGACUACUACAAGCGGCGCUGGGGAGCCUCCAACGUCGAGGCGAGCGUCUCCCAGCACGGCCUCCACCACUACUACGUGGAGAUGCUCGAGGACUACUCCGGUGAUGACCAGCGGAUCGUGCGGGGACACGCGUGGCCGUGGCGCCGGAGCACGGACGAGGUGACGUACGUGCACCUGUUGCCCGUGGUGCACACCAUGUACGUCUUCUUUUGGUUCUCCGUCACCAUUGGUUCGCUCUACGGCAUGGGCCGGUGCUACCAGCGCCAGAAGGAGCUCUUCGCCAUACGCAGACGUAUGACCGCGCAGUCCAUGCUGCUCGAAAAGAAACGUCAGGAAGAGGCGCAGGCGUACCUGCAGGCGGUGCAGGAAGUGGAGCGGAUGAAGCACGUAGGGGCGGCGGUCGCCACGGCACAGCUAGGAGCACAACAACCCGGCAGCAAAGAAACGGGGACAAAACCAUGA